GCCAGUCCGGCUCUCCGCGCUCACCGGGGUCCGGGCGAGCCCUGAGCGCCUUGGACCAAUCCAAAGCGAUUAUGCAAGACGGCGGACCAAUCAGCUCCGCCAGCUCAUGAAUAUUCAUAGACUUGGCUGAGUCAAAGCUUUUAGGCGAGUUUGUGUAGAUCUACAGCAUCAUGCUUAGACUUUUCAAAGAGACAAACUCCAUUUUCUUAUGAAUGGAAAGUGAAAAACCCUGUUCCGCUUAAAUUGGGUUCUUUCCUGUCCUGAGAAACACAACAGACCCCAAAAAGGCAAGCUGAAGAGAGAACACACACACAGACCAAGCGACAAGAAAUGACCAUGACUACCAUGCCAGAGAGUCUAAAUAGCCCCGUCUCAGGGAAGGCUGUUUUUAUGGAGUUUGGGCCGCCCAGCCAGCAAAUGUCUCCUUCUCCCAUGUCCCACGGACACUAUUCCAUGCACUGUUUACACUCCGCGGGCCACUCUCAGCCUGACAGCUCGUACAGCACAGCUUCGUCCUUCUCCCGACCGCUGGGCUACCCCUAUGUGAACUCGGUCAGCAGCCACUCGACCAACCCCUACAUCAGUUCAGUGCAGUCCUACCCCAACAGCUCCAGCCUGACUCAGACCCGGUUAGAGGAGACAGGGGCCGAAUCGGAGAAAAGCACUGUGGUAGAAGGAGGGGAAGUUCGCUUUAAUGGGAAAGGGAAAAAAAUCCGCAAACCCAGAACUAUUUAUUCCAGUUUGCAGCUGCAGGCUUUGAAUAGGAGGUUCCAGCAAACUCAGUACCUGGCUCUCCCAGAAAGAGCUGAGCUCGCAGCAUCUCUGGGACUCACUCAGACCCAGGUGAAGAUUUGGUUUCAGAACAAGCGCUCCAAAUUCAAGAAGCUGAUGAAGCAAGGAGGGGCCGCCCUGGAGAGCAGCGCCUUGAGCAACGGCAGGGCUCUUUCAGGAAGCUCGCCGCCGGUGCCCCCGGUGUGGAAUACCACCUCCGCAUCCGGUAAGGCCUCGUCGGGGACCCCGGGCACCUACAUCCCCAGCUACACGUCGUGGUAUCCUUCAGCCCAUCAAGAAGCAAUGCAGCAGCCGCAGCUUAUGUGAUUAUAAACCCUUUUACCCUACCGCAAGCACUACCGGUCAUGAAAAUAAUUUAAAUUAUUACGGAAACAAAAACAAUCAAACAAACAAAAAUAAAAUUAAGGAAAAUAAAAGGAAAUGGGGGGGAAGGAAAAAGAAAAAAAAAAAAGAAAAAAAAAAAGAGAGAGAGAGAGAAGAGAGAGGGAAAGAGAGAGGAGAGAGAAAAACCCACAAAGAAACCCAAGCGUGCAAACAAACAGGAGGUCUCUUGCCCAUCCAGCCAUUAGGACGCUGCACUGUAGCUCGGUGCAGGAGAGCACAGAUGUGAUGCGGGCCGGUUCCCACCGCUGACAGCUGACGGAGCGGCCCCGAGCACCGCACAACAGCCCGGGAGCAGAGCGAGCGGCGGCCGCGGCUUUGUGGGACAAUCAGAGAAAGAUGUUUGUGGGGGGGAAGUCCUCUCCUCUGUCCUGUCUGUCUGUGUCUGUUGAAAUGUAGGUCAUUUAUUUACCACCCGGACCUGACGGUCUCUUCAAUUGCAAAGAGAAAGGAAGCUGUACAAUUUCCAGAGCUUCUUUCCCUCGGCGUUUUCUGUAUCUUUCACUCUUCAUCUAUAUAUUUUUUGUUGUUGUUAAAAGGGGAACACAGGGUUUUUAUUUAUUGAUUUAAAUUACCACUACGAGAAUGCUAGAGACAAAUGGACAAUCCGGCUUGAAUCCACUGUUCGGACACACAGAUUACCUUAAACAAAAUCACACAAAAUCACUCCCCUGGCCGCGGUCCCCUCUCCCCCAAUAAAUUACCGCAAGAGAAGAAUGCGAUUUUUAACUUUUACAAUAACUUUUAUACUUCGCUGGUGUGGAGAGGUUUGUUCCGAAUGAUUUGCAUUUCUUGCGUAUUAAACAAAAUGAAAUAAAUAAAUACACAUUGUAUGGUAGUCUGAAGUGGAACUGCAGCAGCUGCCGAGCGCUUUGCUGAGGUGAAGCAAGGCAUGGAGUACGGAAAGACACGAGGGCGGCAGCGGGGGAGCACCCGCCGGGCGGGCGCAGCCGCGCAGCCUCGGCGAAGCUUCCCGCGGAAAGCCGGUCCGAAGUCGAAAUGCACAAACCGACGUGCAGGAGCUACUCUCUGUACAUAUUUUAUUCUUUAUUAUUAUUAUGAUUAUUAUUAUUAUUGUUCUGUAAACAUGUUGCACAAAUUUAGCCUUUUUCUAUUAUUAUUAUUUUUUCUGUUCUGUUUCGUGUGGCUGUAAAACAUGAUGCUUUGUGUACUGAGAUCCUGACAUUUUACUUGUGAAACUCGGAAGAUGUGAUAAGCUGAGUUCGUCUGUGUUUAGUGUUCUAUAUGUCAAAGUUUAGUUUUAUAUUGAGAAUGUUAACUUAUUACUUUGUAUCUGGGGAAGGAAAAAAAAACCCACACAAGCAAACAAAACCCCACAAAUCUUUGUAUAUAAGUUAUAAAGUUUCUUUGAGACAGUAAAAUUAUGGUUUGGAAAAAGAGA